AUGAAGAGACAUGGCAGCUCCGAUUCCUUGGGUGCUUUCAUGUCCAUCUGUCCCAAUUCAACAGACGAGGUGCAGGGGAAUAAUAAUCCCGUGUACUCGUACGGUCAGGCAAUGGUUGCGGAGUACGAUGAGGAAUCGUGCCAGCUGGCAGGUUCGGAAAAGAAGAGGAGGCUGAGCGUUGACCAGGUCAAGGCCCUUGAGAAGCACUUCGAGGUAGAGAACAAGCUUGAGCCGGAGAGGAAAGUGAAGCUGGCUCACGAACUCGGCUUGCAGCCGCGCCAGGUGGCGGUUUGGUUCCAGAACCGCCGUGCGCGGUGGAAGACCAAGCAGCUGGAGAGAGAUUACGGCCUGCUCAAGGCCAAUUACGAUGGCCUCAACCUCGAUUUUCACAAACUUCAGCGUGAUAACCAAGCGUUAAUCAAAGAGAUUGAAGAGCUGAAAUCGAAGAUAAACGAGGACGGUCUCAACAGUAAGUCAGAGGAAGACGAUGAAAAGAAGCUGCAAACUCCGAUUACCAUUCCCAAGCCCGAAAAGGACUCUGAAUCCGAAAACCUCAAAGAUGAUAAAAAUGGAGAUCUGUUAAUUUCGAGUCACGAUGAGCUGUUGGGUUUUGGUGAUUUGAAAGACGGGUCAUCGGACAGUGAUAAUUCGAGCGCGAUCUUAAACGAGGAUAACAUCAACAAUAAUAAUGAUAAUAAUAACAAUAUGAGUCUAGAAAAUUUCCAAUUUGAAGGCGGAAAAGAUGGUAUCGUUCAACACCAACAUCAUCAGCUACAGUUCGUGAAGAUUGAGGAGCACAAUUUUUUUGGAGAGGAAUCUUGCAGCACUUUCUUUUCCGACGAUCAGCCGCCGAGCCUCCAUUGGUAUGAGUGGAGCUGA